UGACUUUAAUUACACAACAUGGAGACCCUACCAACUCAAAUCCCCACUUCACAGUCCCUAUAUAAAGUAAUCUGCCAGGAGUGGCUCUCUUCAAUCAAUCCAUAGAAGAAGAUCGAAGUUCGAAAAUGACAGGAGUUCGAAGAAUCAAACUGGGUUCACAGGGUUUAGAGGUAUCCGCUCUGGGUUUGGGUUGUAUGGGCAUGUCCGCUUUCUAUGGAGACCCCAAACCUGAACCUGACAUGAUCAAGCUCAUCCACCACGCCAUUAACGCCGGCGUUACCUUUCUCGACACCUCCGACAUCUACGGCCCUCAAACCAACGAGAUCCUUAUCGGCAAGGCUUUGAAGGGAGGGACGAGGGAGAAAGUGGAGCUCGCAACCAAAUUUGGUAUUAAAUACGAUAGUGCUGCGAUGGAGGUGUGUGGAGAUCCGGCGUAUGUAAAGUAUGCUUGUGAAGCUAGCUUGAAGAGACUCGGUGUCGAUUGUAUCGAUCUGUAUUAUCAGCACAGAAUCGACAAGCGUGUGCCUAUCGAAAUCACAAUGGGAGCGAUGAAGGAGCUUGUGGAAGAAGGGAAGAUCAAAUACGUUGGAUUAUCAGAAGCAUCCGCAUCAACCAUCAGAAGAGCUCAUGCUGUGCACCCAAUAACAGCCAUACAACUGGAAUGGUCGUUGUGGUCAAGAGAUGUUGAAGAAGAUAUUAUUCCUACUUGCAGAGAACUUGGGAUUGGGAUUGUUGCAUACAGUCCUCUUGGACGUGGGUUCUUCUCAUCUGGCCCAAAGAUGCUCGAGAACUUGGAUGCUAGUGACUUCCGUAAGUACAUGCCGAGGUUCCAAGCUGAAAAUCUUGAACACAACACGAAAAUGUUCGAGAGGGUGAAUGAGAUGGCGACAAAGAAGGGGUGCACGCCAUCGCAGCUAUCAUUGGCUUGGGUUCACCACCAGGGGAAUGAUGUGGUGCCAAUUCCAGGAACUACAAAGAUUGAGAAUCUUGAACAGAACAUUGGAGCUUUAUCUGUGAAACUAACACCAGAAGACAUGGCUGAACUUGAAGCUAUUGCUUCAGCUGAUUCGGUGAAGGGGGACAGAUAUGGUGCUGGUAUUUCAACAUAUCAGGAUUCCGACACUCCUCCAUUGUCAUCUUGGAAAGCUUAAUGGAUGAUGCAAAUCUGUUGUAUGUGGUUUGACAUUGCUUGUUUUCGUUUAACGACACACCCUGUUUCGUGUUCUAUUAUUUGGUUAAACUCGAUCAGGCGUGUAGAUGUAAGCAUUUGAGUUUUGAGUACAAUAAAUGAAGGCGGUUUCCUGUUUUGAGUUUUGAGCAUGUAUUUUGGUUUCGGGUUUUUUGGUCCACUUUACGAUUGCUCCCUUGAUGUUAAUUAAACACUUUCGAAAGGGAGACAAACCUUUUUCACGUUGCAUUCAUUUCAUUCGAUUUUUUAGAUAAUU